AUGUUCGCACCCGCAGCCUUGAGUUCGGCUACGUAUGGACAAGGUACCGGUAAGAUAUGGCUGGAUGACGUGAAGUGCAUCGGUACCGAGUCGAGUUUGUUCAACUGCCAGGCCAACAACUGGGGCGAGGGAAACUGUAAUCAUGGCGAAGAUGUCGGAGUUGACUGUAACUUUAGCACCGAAAUUCGACUAACAAAUGGAUCCAGGCCUAGCCAGGGGCGUCUCGAAGUCUUCUAUAACAACAACUGGGGUACACUCUGUGAUGGCCAGUUUAACGGAUCGGCGGCAAAAGUUGUCUGUCGCAUGCUAGGAUUCACCGGGAACCUAUUUGUUCCCGCAGCCUUGAGUUCGACCAUUUAUGGACAGGGUACCGGACCAAUAUGGCUAACACACGUGGGGUGCAACGGUACCGAGUCGAGUUUCUUUCACUGUAGAGCAAGUCGCUGGGGCGUUGAUCACAGCUGUCAACAUAGCAGAGAUGUGGGAGUGGAUUGUAUUUCAGAAAUCAAUAUUCGACUAGUAAAUGGAUCCCGACCAAGCGAGGGGCGUCUCGAGGUCUUCAACAACAACAUUUGGGGUACAGUCUGCAAUGACGACUUCGACACUUCGGCAGCAAAAGUUGUUUGUCGCAUGCUAGGAUUCGCCGGGAACUUGUUCGUACCCGCAGUCUUGGAAUCGCCCAAUUACGGACAAGGUACAGGUCCAAUAUGGCUGGAUGACGUGAGGUGCAACGGUAACGAGUCGAGUUUGUCCUACUGCCGCGCUAAAAACUGGGGCGAGCACAAUUGUGGUCAUCACGAAGAUGUCGGAGUGGAUUGCAUACACGCCAAUACAUUCUAA